CAGUGGUGUUUACGGUCCCGAUUCUCCGGCACGGCGCCAUCAGCAGGAGGCACUUUAGUUUGCAAGGGGACGGUCUGGUAGCAUGUCAGGAGACAGCAGCCCAAGGUGACCCUAACACCACAGCCAAAGCCAGGUUAAAUGCAUAAACUCCGGAGCCUCUCUGUAGCCAAUUUGGCUAAAGUUUUCUGCAGGUUGUCCACAAGACUCAAGAGCACUGGAGGAAGACCCUCAGCUCCGCUGGGUUCACGGAUCCUUACCAAUCCUGAUGACAUCUUUAAGCACAACAUGUGGGAUCAUGUACAGUGGACAGAAGAAGACAAAGAAAAUGCACGGCAGAAGGCACGAGAAAAUUCCUGUGUACAAAUUCCUUUAAAAGAACAAGGUAAAUUUGACACAGAAGCUUACCAGUACUGGGACACGUUUUAUGAGACGCACCAGGAUAAGUUCUUCAAAGAUCGCAAGUGGCUGUUUUUAGAGUUCCCAGAACUGCUUCCUUCAGACACAAAAAAACAAGCCACAGCUGCCAGGCACCACGGUGAUCAGCGGGUGGAAACCCCUCCACCUAGUGGAUCAAGUGCGGACUCAGAAACCAGACACCAUCAGCACAGUGGUGCCACCAUUUGUCACAGACACACCUCUGAUUGUCAGAGGACCUGUCAGGGAGCAUCACUAGAAAAAAAUGAAGAUGCCACACAGACCUUUACUUUCCCCGGACAACAUGCAUCUUUCAGGAUCUUGGAGGUUGGAUGUGGAGUUGGUAACAGUGUAUUUCCCAUUGUUAAUUCCAUAAAACAAACAGAUGCAUUUUUAUACUGUUGUGACUUCUCCCCACGUGCCAUUCAGCUAGUCAAGGACCAUCCAGACUACGAUGACUCUGUGUGUCAUGCCUUUGUCCAUGACAUUUGCGAGGAGAUGGCCUCCUUUCCCUUCCCUCCUCGGAGCAUGGAUGUUAUUCUGGCAGUCUUUGUGCUCUCCUCCAUUCAUCCGGAGCGAAUGCAAGGAGUCGUGAACCGACUAUCUACAUACCUGAAAUGUGGAGGGACAUUCCUCUUCCGUGAUUAUGGGAGAUAUGACUUCUCACAACUCAGGUUUAAGAAGGGACAGUGCUUAUCAGAGAACUUCUACACACGUGGAGAUGGAACCUGUGUUUAUUUUUUCACAAAAGAAGAGGUUCAUGAUUUAUUUUCCAAUGCUGGACUGGAAGAAAUUCAGAAUCUGGAGGACAGGAGACUACAAGUGAACAGAGGAAAGAAAGUUGCAAUGCACAGGGUUUGGAUGCAGAGCAAGCACAGGAAGCCAUAUCCACCUUCACCAUCUUAACACCCAAUGCACAGCCUCAUUCAACUUUAUGACUUUUUUUGUUUAUACUUUGUUGCUUAUUCAUCCAAUCCCUAACUGUUUUUUUUUAACCAAAGGAUUAUGUAUACAACACCAAAACCGUAUGCAAUAAACUUAUAAAACAUGUUGU